AUUUCAGAAGCUUUGAAAAAAUUUGGUAUCUCAGGAAAUGACACUUCAAUUCUAAUUGUUUACAUUGAAGAGGGAGAAAAACAACUAAAUCAAGAAUACCUGAUAUCUCAAGUAGAAGGUCAUCAGGUUUCUCUGGAAAAUCUUCCGGAAAUAACAAAUAUUACAGAAGUCAAAAAGAUAUAUAAACUCACUUCACAAGAAGAAAGUAUUGGGACAUUAUUGGAUGGUAUCAUUUGUAGAAUGUCAACAAAAGAUGUUUUGUGAAAUGUCAAAAAUAUUAACAGAAAUUCUCAGCAUUAAAGAAAACACUGAUUUUCCUUG